AUGACGGACCCCGCAUUUCACCUCCCACCCCUCCUCCAACCCGCCGACCUCCUCGCCCUCAUCUCCUCCCUCGGCCUCCCGGCCCCGGCCUCCACCGAGCCCCUCACCGUAACGGCGUCCUUCCACCGGAUCUACCUCAUCCACUUCCCCCCCUCAGCCACGCCGUCCCUCGCCCCGGCACGACCGAACCAUGACGGGAGCACCACGCUCGUCCUGCGCGUCGCGGGCCCGCACCUCCCGCGCAUCAAGACGGAGAACGAGAUCGCGCUGAUGAAAUGGGUGAGAGAAAACACCUCCAUCCCCGUCCCCGCCGUCAUCCGCUGGGACAGCUCCUGCGAGAACGUCCUGGGGCGGGAGUUCUCCCUCCUGGAGCGGAUCCCCGGCCGCAGCGCCGAUAAGAUCAUCUGGGACGCGGACGACGAGAAGAAGCGUAAGAUCGUCGCGCAGCUCGUGGGGUUCCUCGCGCAGCUCAGGGAGAAGUCGACCUGGAGACACGUCGGCGGGUUGCGGGUCGACGACGACCAGGGCGCGAUCGUCCCGGGACCCGUGGUCGACGAGUGGUUCUGGAUGGGGCCGCAGCUCGCGCGGUUCUGGGGCGGGACGGGGGAGACCGUGGACAGUCUGAAUCCCGUCUCGGGGCCCUUCGCGACCUGGGCCGCGCACGCGGACGCGAGCAUGGGGAAGUACAUCCGCGUCAUCAGCCUCCACCCGCAACUGGCCUGGAUGCGAGACCUGAUCCCCCGGCUGGAGUCCUUCCGAGCCUUCGUCCGCCCUCGCGCUGACGAGCUGGAGGACACGGAGUACGUCCUCGCGCACCGCGACCUGCACCUCGCGAACGUCAUGGUCGACGGCGCGGGGACCGUCACGGGGGUUCUGGACUGGGAGUUCGGGGGCGUCGUGCCGGGGCCGCGGUGGGACCCGCCGAACGCGUUCCUGUAUCCGUGGGGGGGAGGCGAGGGCGACGAGGCCAAGAGGGAGAGGGACCGGAUGAGGGGGUGGGCGAGGGAGAUAUGCAGGAGCAGGGGGCUCGGUGAGGAUCUCGUCGACGGGAUACGGUACCGGGGCUGUCAGGAGGGUGUGCAUUUUGUUCUAAACUACACGAGGGCGAUUUGUGAGCUUUGGAGGGAGGAGAGGGGUGGUGAGCAGGGGUGGAGGAAGACUCUGGAGGGGGAGCUGGGGAAGUUGGGAUUGUGA